AUGGAUUUUGGAAUAUUGUGUCGCACUGUAUUGGAGAAACGUUUCCCAACAAAAACACUGAAGGCUAUUAUACAGCAACUGAAUUCGAAUGAUGCUUAUCAUUUUACAACUACUCCCGUAUUAGCCAGUGCAUGCAAUCAGUACUUUGUAAAUUUCGAAAGCAUGUGGUUACAUGACCAGUAUAUACAUGAUAUACGAGUUUGUAUCACAUUACUUCUUCGUAUCAACCUUGCGAGGAGUAGGUUUUUUAAUAAGAAGAAAUGUGAAGCGAAGAAGAUUGAUGAUUCCAAGAAGAGCCAAGUUGUAUUCAAAAAAUUUAAAGCAAAGAAAUCAUUAGCACAAAAAAUGGAAGCAUUAUUCAAGUUGUUAAUCAAGUUUCAAGACUCAAAAUACAGAAAAAUGCAUUGUAUCGCAAAAAUUCUAAAAAAUGUAUUUUCCAGUACCGAUUGUACAAUUCCUCCAUACUAUGAUGAUAGAAAAUCCGAUGACGAAAGUCCAGGAGUUGCGGAUGCAGAAAAUAAAGAUGAGCAUGAAGAAGGUACGCUAAUAAAACGGAUGUGUCCAGUUAGGAUAAUCAAGAACUUUGCUAACCAGUUUCUAAAUGUAGAUCUUCAAUCAAGCGAUGACGAGGAUGAUGAUUUUGUGGUGUCCGAAGACACCAUCGUCCUGGACAAUGCUACCAUCAAUAGAGAUCUCACUGCUAGAGAAACGAGUGCUCCAAUUGCAGUUGUAAUGAUGCUUUGA